CCGACGUUGGCCCCCGUCCCACCACAUGAAGUUUACGAGCAAUGCAAAAGAGGCAUCGGGCAAAGGAAACAAAAACAAACUCGAAACUGUCGGCCCUCUAGCACGGCGCUACGGGAGCAACAUGCAGGAGGAAGGCUGCCCUUGCAGCACAAUGCCAGUAUUGUCCCAUUCAAGGCACGGCAACACUCCAGAUGCUAGCUGUUAG